UGCGACGCUGCGUAUCAACGAUUAUCAUCUCGGCACCCCAGCUCCACUACUCCAGUCAUCGUUGUUCAGAAACCCUCGCCGACCGCGUCUCGUACUAUUGCUCUCGACCUGUCGACCUCUCGUAACUCGCAUCUCAUUCUUGUCGUCCCUGGCUUCUUCUCAGUUUCAUCGACCCUCGCCGUCGUCGGCCCUCGGUGGCUAACGGGCUAAGAGUAUCGUCUCCCUCGUCUCGUCUCUCGAACUCGCGGUGUCGGAACUCAGAAGCUGCUCGUCUGGUGCUUCUAUUCUUUAUUGUCUUGUUUUGAGAUUGCUCCUGCAAGAGUUUUUGCAUUGACAUAAUUCAGGGAAAAAGAUGGAGCGAAGAUUACCUGCAGACUCGAUCCCUAUUUUCAACGAAGGGAUAACUCUGGUUCUUCAUCGUUGGUCUGCUCUCCGUAUGGCUGUUGAGAAUGAAUGGGGAGGCCGAGAGUCUUGCCAAAAGGCUGAAAGACUUGGCAGCGACCUACUUAACUGGUUCACCCAAUCUAAAGAGCCUCUGUAUAUCGAUGACUUAGAGAACAUGCUCGAUGAAGGUAUGCUUUCUCUCAACAUGGAGGUUGAGGAUGGCAGUGUCGAAGAGGUAGCCGAGAAACUGAUGAUUCUGCACGAAGAAUGUCUUGAAGGUAAUUUCAGGUCCAUUGAGAUUCUAAGGGAAGCCAAUCUCAAACAAGCUGCUCGCCCUCAUGCAAUACAGGUUGUGAAUAAUGACGAGGACGAUGAAGAUGAUGACGAGGAUGAAGACAGACCUAUAGAUAAUUCUAAUAUGGUAGUAGAAAUGCAAAUGCCAGUUAAGGAGUCCAUACCCAAGGCUGCAGCUGAAACGGAAGACGAUGGAUGGACUGUAGUCUCAAGUAGACGGAACAAGGGUAGAAAUUAAGAGAACAAUUGGGGAAUUCAUUUGAAUAUCCAUUAAUUUAUAUGUAUAGACUUCUGUUUUUGUUUUGUUUCGUUUUGUUGGGUUUUUAUAACAAUGUGUUAUGAUCGUAACUAUGAUUAUGUUUUUGCAAUUUUAUUCAAAAGAAAACAUGAAUUGAUCAUGGUAAAGCUGAUAUCAUGAAUCAAAGGCAGCGUGAAGAUCGUUGGAACAUAAAAGGAACAGGAUGUGAAGUCUCAAUCAUUUGUUUAAUUGAAGAAAGUUUCUACCACUCACGUAAA